AUGUCUGAACCCGAUUUUUUGGAACGGUUGAUCCUGGAGAUUGAGAAGUUCCCUAGGAUAUAUAACAAAGGAUUGGAGGAAUACAAGGAUCCUGACAAAAAAGAUGACACAUGGAAUAAGGUUGCUGAUAAGUUGUCUUUUGGAGUUCCUCUGGCAAAAUCGAAGUGGAAAAAUAUAAGGGACGCCAUGAGAAGAUACAAGAACGAUAUUCGUACAAAGAGUGGGCAAGGAAGAAAAAAAGUAAAGGAAUACAAGUACGCAAAAAUGCUGGGAUUUCUGGAACCGUUUUUGGAGGAUCGAAGGUCAUCGGGUAAUCUUCAGGCUACUCAAGAAGAGGGCCAUGAUGAAAAGCAGACGACCAAGGAUGUAUCUGACUUCCUUGCUGAGGAUGACGAUCAGACUGUGGAUGAGGAUCACGAUGACACCAUGGAGCCAAGCAGUUCGUCAAAGACAAGUGCCGUCACAGCGAAGAAAAGGAAGAAAACUGAGAGCACUGAUGUCAUUGCCACUACGGAUGCAGUCUUUCUAAAUUACAUAAAGAAAAAAAGCGAAAAAAUGGACAGGAAACCUCCAACCGAUACUGAUGACGAUGUAGCAGAUUUCAUGAAGUCUAUGACAACUAAAGCAUAUGGCUAA